AUGCAAAUUUAUCUCUAUUUUGAAAACUCAAUAGAUUCAAUAUCAUCUAUACCCAUUGGUGAUGUAAAAUUUUGCUAUUUUCAAUAUCUUCUUUUUCUGAUAAACAAAUCUUUAAUAUUUUACUUGAAAAAUUGCUGUUUUCAGAACUUAAUGCAAAAAAUAUUUUUUUGUCUAAAAUUACUUGUCUGUCUAGAAAUUUUGGAUGUAUCAGAAAUAAAUUGGUUUAUUGCUUUUAAUACGAAUAAAGAACCAAAUUUGAUUUGGGAAAUUUUUGGAGAUUUUAAAUUUGCUAAAAUUGUUAAACCAAUAGCGAAAUUUCAAACUAAUUUCAAAAUUUUAUUCUUCACUGCCUUUUCUUUAUUAUAUGAAUUUAAAGUUUUUAUAGAUGAAUGUAAAAAUAACAAAGGCAUACGAUGCAAAUUACUUAAAAGUUAUUAUGAUUUGUCAAAAGUUAAAGCUAUAAAAGGGGUUUAA